CUCCCAGCGUGCCUCAGCGGCGCUUCCGGUAGCGUGUGUAGUGAUGAUUGUUAUGUGAAUCAGGCAAUUGGUGAAUUGGUAAGAUGGCGGCUGCGGCGGUAGAGUUUCAGAGAGCACAGUCGCUGAUCAGUACGGAUCGGGAUGCGUCCAUUGACAUUUUACAUGCCAUAGUCAAACGAGACAUCCAAGACAAUGACGAAGAGGCUGUGCGUGUCAAAGAACAGAGUAUCUUGGAGCUGGGCGGACUGCUGGCCAAGACUGGACAAGCUGCUGAAUUGGGAGGUUUGCUGAAGUAUGUCCGUCCAUUCCUGAACUCCAUCAGCAAAGCAAAGGCAGCACGGUUGGUGCGCUCUCUGCUCGAUAUGUUCUUGGACAUGGAGGCAGCUACUGGUCAGGAGGUGGAGUUGUGUUUGGAGUGCAUUGAAUGGGCCAAAUCAGAGAAGAGGACCUUUCUACGACAGGCCCUGGAGGCCCGUUUGGUCUCUUUAUACUUUGACACCAAACGUUACCAAGAGGCUCUACAGCUUGGCUCUCAGCUCCUGCAAGAGCUGAAGAAAAUGGAUGAUAAAGCUCUGCUGGUGGAGCUCCAGCUGCUGGAAAGCAAGACAUAUCAUGCACUGAGCAACUUGCCCAAGGCCAGAGCGGCUCUCACCUCUGCCAGGACCACAGCAAACGCCAUCUACUGCCCCCCAAAGCUGCAGGCUGCUCUAGACAUGCAGUCAGGUAUUAUUCACGCUGCUGAGGAGAAGGACUGGAAGACAGCGUAUUCAUACUUUUAUGAGGCUUUUGAAGGCUAUGACUCUAUUGACAGUCCCCGUGCCAUCACUGCACUCAAGUACAUGCUCCUCUGCAAGAUCAUGCUCAACUUGCCAGAGGAUGUGCAGGCCCUGAUCAGUGGAAAGCUUGCCCUCAGAUAUGCUGGCAGACAGACAGAUGCACUUAAAUGUGUGGCUCAAGCCAGCAAGAACAGGUCACUUGCAGACUUUGAGAAGGCUUUAACAGAGUACAAAGCUGAGCUGCGGGAGGAUCCCAUCAUCAGCACCCACCUGGCCAAACUCUACGACAAUCUGCUGGAACAAAACCUCAUAAGGGUCAUCGAGCCCUUCUCCAGAGUGCAGAUUGAACACAUUUCUGAGCUGAUAAAACUCCCCAAGGGGGAUGUUGAAAGGAAACUGUCACAGAUGAUUUUAGACCAGAAAUUCCAUGGAAUCCUUGACCAAGGGGAAGGUGUCCUGAUUGUAUUUGACGAACCGCCAGUAGACAAAACAUAUGAAGCCGCCCUUGAAACAAUUCAGAACAUGAGCAAAGUAGUGGACUCGCUCUACAACAAAGCCAAGAAAUUGACAUAGGCAAGUGCAUGUUGUGCUUUAUGCAUAAUAUUGAUCAUUCUCAGAGUGACAUGGCAUUACAUUGAAAACUGACUAAUCUCAGCUGAUCUCAGCUCUGUCUUUUGUGCAGGUUGAGCAUUGGACCCUGCAGCUGAGAGCAUGGCCAGUGUGGGAGACUCUGAGGGAAGGGGAGGGGGAUGUGGUGCAGACAUUAAAUCAAAAAAAGGUCUAACACCCCAAAAAUGACUGACUCCUGCUUUUGUCCUCUCUGGCUUUCACUUGGACAUUUUUUACCACCUUCCUCAAUGGACAAACUACUUCUACUACUAUGGGAUCACUUUUUCUUCACUUUUUUUUUUUUUUUUUUUUUUUUUUUGCUGGUAAUGCAUUUCUUUGUAUCUUGGCUGUGCCUAAUGGGCCAUCAGGGAAUCUUCAAAGAAAUAAAAAAACUCACUUGCAUUAUAACUCUAUUUGAAAUGUAUAUACAUAUGUCUCUCAUAGAGCAAAGCUGAUAUGAGAAUGAUUCAGUUCCCUUGCCAAUCCAGGGGCCAUUGUGUUGAGCUGUUGACAAGAUUCCCUGCAUCACCAAUCGAACGGUUUUAGCCCCAACUCCGGUCCCCACAGGAAGCCCCUGGCCUUGCUCCAGGCCUACCUCUCGUGUGGACAGCAUACUUGGACUUUUUAUGUUGGGCAGAAAAAUUCUGAUAAGAUUCUGUCAUCAGAACUGGGUCGUGAGCUGUUGUCAUUCCCUGGCCCGUGUAUUCCUGCCCUUCCUCCUCCUUCCUCUUUGUACAUACCGUUGCCAAGCGCCUCUGUCUGGCCUGUCAUGCUAUUGCCCUUUUUUAUAACGCUAAAAACAUAAUAAAGUCACCAAGAGAACAAGA